CUUUGUUCGUCACUCACCACGUCGGUGCCCCCCUCACAUCCGAGAUGGUUAAAAGGAGAAGAGAAUCACAGAUUACCAAUCCCCGAUAGCGCCGGGUGCUCCGCGGUUUAUUUGACUAACGAGAGACUGCGUCCCCCCACGUGCCAUCAACAGAUCGCAUCAUCAUCAUCAUCGCCAUCAUCAUGAGGAAGGCGGCGGGCAGACACUUGUUGUGCUUUGUCCUGCUCGCGUCCCCGCUGUGCUGGGCAGAGGACACGCACACAGACUGGAGGACGAGUGAGAACACCACGGUCUGGAGCCAAGCGAAGACCAGGCGACUGUUUGCGAGAAAAAAGAUUGCGGCACCGCAGGAAAGUCACACAAGUAAAAGCCAGUCAAGCCUCAUGACACCGGCACGUCGCUGCGGCCGCCUGAUGGGGAGCUGCUCCGCCCAUGUCCGGUGCUGUGACCCUUGCGCUUCGUGCCGCUGUAGACUCUUCAACACCAUCUGUCACUGCUGGAGGAGGAACCCCCUUUGCUUACAGAAGACGUAGAUGAGGCACAAACAUGCAACCCAGCACCUUCAUUAUGCCGUGACAGACAUGCACACACAAAGAAACGCCCUUACAGUAUACUUCACACUCUCUGGUGCAUUUUGGAUAAUAAUACUGAAAGAAUUGGAAAGGAGUGGAAAAAAUAAUUAUUUAUCUUGUAUCUUCAGUCAAGUGUCAACGUCACGUUGACACUUGAGCUGAUGAGGAUGAAAUAAUGAAGCCUGGGUUGUUCUGUCUUCAACCUUCUAAGACACAAACAACAUGUGCUCACAUACGUACAGAGAGUAUUUGAAUACCAAACAUACAGUAUUUAGGUGUAACAAGGGAUUAGUGAAAUAUGCUUUUUCAUUUAUGUAGACAGACAAAUGUAAACUACCCAUAGUGCCUUUGCUAUUUCUUGCACUAUAGCUGCUUAUCUAUGUUUUUAUCCCUUUUGCUCCCAAGCCACGUUAAACAUGUAGGGAACCAUAAUAAUCAGAAAAACAUUAGGACUGUCUUAUGUUUUGAGUUCCAAUCUAAAAUAUGCCAUGCAUUUAGGGCCCGAAAUGUGGAAUUGACAUCUGGAUUAAUGAGUUAAACUUAGAAUGUUAAUCCUAUUUAAUAAAUAUAUCAUAAGCAUUUAUGUAUCUUUGCACAUGUAUCUUUGUGCACCUAUAAUUAAUUGUUUUUAGUGGAAAUGUCCCAUAAUGCAUAUACACAUAAUUGUUGAUAUAUGGGAGGAAAUCGUAUAAGUAAAAAAAGUGAAAAAAGAAAAAUGUAAGUUUAAUGUUUGCUGGCAGCUGUCUUGUGGAAAAUCCAGGACUAAAGCUGUAUUGUAUUCCGUUCAAUGUCAACUAUGUGGAAAGCUUCAAGAUAAUGCAUGUGAACCACAUAUGUAUAUGUAUAUGGACAUGUGUUACUCUAACACAGCAAUUCUGACUCUUACAUUUUGUGAUCUACUUAUUGUAUUAAUCUGUCUACUAUGUUUGCUCCUCUUAAAUAAA